AGUCCAGCUUCGAUCCGAGCAAAUGUUUGCUUUGACAUUUCUCAGUCACAGUCAGAAGAAUAAGCAAGCGGAAUAAAAAUUUAUCAUAAAUAGCAAGCUGAGCAGAAUAAAAGCAAAAAGUAAGAAAUUCAUCAAAACCAGUAUCAAAACUCGGUUCAAAAGCCGUGAUUCCUAAGCGAAAAUGUGUUUCACAAUCGACCAAAUUGAGCGAGCGUGUGGAUUAUUGGUGCUGACCGAGUUCAACACAUUCGUUUACUGCUGCAAAAGUUGUCAUUGUGAAUUUGAGUCUGGAUCUAAUUUAGAAGUGCACAUUUUGUCAGAGCAUCAAGACGAUAAAGGAGCUAUCUUUGUGAACGGUGACGUUUGGACGGAUAAUUGUAGCAUUGAGCCAACGCCGAUCGACUGUGUAGCAACAAAUGCAAAACUUGGGCAAUUUGGACUAGACGCUGAACAGUCAAUUGAACGAAAUGUGGUUGAAUUGUAUGUAGAUUAUGCCAAACCGCUUCCAAUUUUGCUGGUGAAUGAGAAUUUCGACGAUGACAUCAAUGGCAUUGAGACAAAUAUAGCCAAAGAUGAACCGGCGCCAGAGGAAUCACCGCUGGGAACAGUGAAUUCGGAAGAAAAUUUUUGGCAUGAUUCAUUGGGAAUUGGAAACAAAGAAGCAAACGUAUCAAUUCAUCACGGGCAAUCACGAGUAAAAGUGGCUUCGGAAUGGAAGAAUGUUUCGGUGGAAAAUGAAUUAAUCGAAAUUGUUGGCCACGGUUCAUUGCAAAGAGCAGACGAAGUAUCAAUUGUACAAAAACGACCACGAGGUCGUCCACCGGGACUGAAAAGAAAGGAAAUUGAAGAAAAACCAUGCAAACCAAGAGGUCAUCCAGCCGGAACGAAAAAUAAGCAAACCAUCAUCAAUGAAGCAACCAAAGCAAUGACUCCGAAAUGGUCAUUUGGAGGACCACGUGGACCAAUGAAUUCCAACACGUUAGAAAUUAGUAAUGAAAGAUUUUAUUGUGAUAUGUGCCCUGACUUAUCAUUCAAACACAAAUCGAGUAUGUUGAAACACAUGACUCGCCGUCAUAUACGUAAAGAUAUUGCAGAAAAGCUGAAGCAAUGUGAAAUCUGUCACAAAUUUCCACGAAUCAGCUAUGAGCAUCACAUGAAAAUGAAGCACUCGGAACUUCGAUUCAAAUGCGACAUUUGCGAUGCAGUUUUUAGACACAACACAUCUCGAGUCAUUCAUAUGCGAAAACACACCGGCGAAAAGCCGUUUAUCUGCUCCAUCUGCGGCAAAGCAUUCGCUUCAAAUUCGAGACGUUUCUUCCAUGAAAAAUCCAUGCAUAGGACGACGAAUAAGGAAACCAACAUCAAUGAAGCGAUCAAAGCAAUGACUCCAAAAAGGCCAGUUGGACGCCCGCGUGGACCAAUGAAACCCAACAAGUUAGAAAAUAGUAACGAGCGGUUUUAUUGUGAUAUGUGCCCUGACUUAUCAUUCAAACAGAAACAGGGUUUAUUGAGACACAUGACUCGCCGUCAUAUACGUAAAGAUAUUGCAGAGAAGAUGAAGCAAUGUGAAAUCUGUCACAAAUUUCCACGAAUUAGCUAUGAGCAUCACAUGAAAAUAAAGCACUCGGAACUGCGAUUCAAAUGCGACAUUUGCGAUGCUGAGUUCAAGCACAAAAUGACACAAAAAAUUCAUAUGCGAAAACAUUCUGGAGAGAAGCCGUUCAUGUGCACAAGCUGCGGCAAGGCCUUCUAUUCAAAGUCAAGUUGUUACGCACAUGAAAUUGUUGUACACAGUAAAGUCAAAAGGCAUCAAUGCACAUACUGCGAUCGAUCGUAUUCUCAACGGACGCUUCUUCAAAAUCAUAUAAAUGCAGCCCAUACAAAGGAACGACCGUAUGUGUGUGACAUUUGUAACAAGGAUUUUGCUUCACGCAAAUCAUUGAACAUUCACAAAGCAACGCACGAAGAACCGAAACAAAAGUGCCGAUACUGUGACAAAAUGUUCAUAGCGAAGGCAAGCCGAUGGCGACACGAAAUGGUCUAUCAUAGGAAAGUAGUUAUGGUUGAUGGUAAAUUUAUGAACAUGUACAAGAAGAGUCAUCGAAUGAAGAUGGAAAUGCUUACGAAAAAAGAUCAGGGAUAAGAAGAGGAAAUUAGAUAAAGAUGAUAUUGCUCAUGAGCCGAGAUGACAAUGAUGAAUUCGGCAAAGAGAUCAUGGAAAUUUCUUCAUUUCGUUUAUGAAUUUAUUGAGAAAUUGAAAAAAAGUUCAUCUUUAGUUUGGAUUAGUGCUUAAUACCUAACUAGGUACGAUUUAGUUAAGAAGAAAUUUUUAUUCAUUAGAAAAAUGUGUAGAAAAAAUAAAAAUGUAAAUACCAAUGAUAACGUGGAAAAAUGCCUAUUUCUUAAUCAAAUAUUUCAAUGAAUAAAAUUCAAUAAAUUUCAAUAAAAAUUAAA